CGCAAUUUGACGGACGUCAUACGUCAUGUCAAGGCGUGGUUAAAAAAGGAGUCGCGGGGCAAGGAAAAAAUUGGCAUGGCUGCCAGUAGUGGCAGUUGCAGUGGAGUGGAGUAGUGAAAUAAAAAUAUACAAAAAUUACGAUAAAAAUACGUGCAGGUGUCCAGUCGCGAUCGCCCAAUUUUUCGAACAGUUUUCCGGGUGUGCAAAUAACAGUGUCCGAAGCAUUUUUCUUAGAUCUGCUCUUGGCAACUUGAAGAAAAAAUGAGAAAAAGACACAGAAAAUUUGGCUAAUAUUAGUGCUUUAGUUUUAAGCUAAAUGGACAUGUGAUGUGAAAAUUUAUUAAAGUGUAGUACAUAGUUAAUUUCUACAAGUGUUAGAGAACUACCAAAAAACUCUAAAAUGUCGUUCUUCACCAAUAUCAAAAAGGCGCUUCAUUUUGGCGGCAGCGAUGCCAAAAAGAAGAAAAUUUACAAUAACGUUAAAAUGGAUACUGAUCCUGAGGAAUAUUGGGAUAUGAUCGGAGAAUUGGGAGACGGAGCCUAUGGCAAAGUUUAUAAGGCUCAACAUAAACAUAAUGGUCAGUUAGCUGCUGCAAAAAUGUGCCGGCUUGAUGGAGAAGAUGACCUUUCUGACUUCAUGAUCGAAAUUGAUAUAUUAACAGAAAUUAAGCAUACUAAUGUUGUUGAGCUAUUGGAAGCAUUCCAAAAAGAACAACAGGUAGGUCAAGAGUUAUGGUUAUUAAUUGAAUAUUGUGAUGGAGGUGCCUUAGACAGUAUUAUGACUGAAUUAGAAAAACCACUGACUGAACCCCAAAUAGCCUAUGUCUGUCAAAAUAUGUGCAAAGGAUUGGACUUUUUGCACAAAAGCCAUGUCAUACAUAGGGAUCUGAAAGCCGGCAAUGUGUUGCUGACAAUGGCCGGAGGAGUUAAAAUUGCCGAUUUUGGAGUUUCCGCCAAGAACAAGUCAACUCUCCAGAAACAUGACACGUUUAUUGGCACGCCCUACUGGAUGGCUCCGGAAGUGGUGCUGUGCGAAACUUUCCGAGACAAUCCUUACGAUUUCAAGGUUGAUAUAUGGUCCCUGGGUAUUACGCUUAUUGAAUUCGCCCAAAUGGAACCACCAAAUCACGAGAUGUCACCCAUGAGGGUUUUGUUGAAGAUCCAGAAAAGCGAUCCACCAAAAUUGGAACAACCGUCAAAAUGGUCGAAGGAGUUUAACGACUUUGUUACGAAAGCCCUAACCAAAGACCCUAUAAAAAGGCCGAAUUGCGAUGAUCUGCUGAAGCACGUCUUUAUUAAUAGGACAUUGGACGAUAAACCGCUCAGAGAUCUUUUAUUAGAAUACAAAGCCGAAGUUGUCGAAGAAGAAUUGACUGAUGACGAUCCUGAGGACAAUCGAACCUCUCGAGUGCGCCUGGACAUAGAGGAAGACUCAGCAUCGAUUCAAAGCAAUGAAGUUGAUCGUAAAGAAUCUUCGUCCCCGAGUUCAGAUAAAGACGAUAAGAAAGCGCCAACUCCUGUCCCAUCGUCGGUGCCGGCGGAAAAGAAAAUACCAGCCACAGACAAAAAAGAAGACACGGCUGUUCGCCGAUCAUCGCAUGAUAAAGGUCCCGCUCCACCUCCGCCUCAGCUUCAAACGCAACACUCGCAGGAUAAGGAAAAAGGUCCUGCUCCAUCGCCACCAGCAGUCGUUAACCAAUCAAAUCACGUUGCUACUACAUCUACAGCUAGUAACUUCAUACCUGCAGCUAAAGAAACGGAGAAAUCAGCUUUGGCAGUUCAACCAGCAGCAGCGUCCAGUAGUAGAGAACAAAAUCCAUCCUCUAGUCCCACCCAAACCAUGCAGGGCGUGGCCCCGCCUCCGCCACCUCCACCACCUGUUUUGCCUAGUAGUGUUACAUUGCCGACGCCGCCCUCUUCGCCUGUUACACCACCUGACACACCUCCUGAUGUUGAACAACCUUUAAGGGUUGUAGAUAUCCCCCUUCCAGCUACACCAACUGUUGAAGUUAAAUCCAAACCUGAAACUAGUAAAGAUAUUCCAGACGAUGCCAAUAGCAGGUCUUCUCAUAUAGCCCAUAUAAAAAGAGUUUUAGAGAGCCAGUUGGGAAAACGUUUAUCCCAAGAGAGAGUUGCUUCUGUUGAACGUAUCAAUGAAAAUAUCGUUACUGUCAAUAGUUCCAAUGCCACUACUCCUGAAGAUAGCAUGAACUUUGUAAUAGUAUCCACUCCACAAUCUGAAAGGAAUAAAAAUACAUCUACUAUAACUAUUAACUCAGAUUUGCCUGAUCCGUCCAAUAGUUUAGCAUCAAAUAUAAGCCAGGUAACUGUUGUCACCACACAUCCUCCAGUUAUCAUUGAUAACUCGCAUAUGGUAUCAAGAACUUCUUCAGCGUCUCCUAGUAAUCAUAGUUCGAGUGAAGUGGUUAUAGUGGCCAAUGAAACCAACAAAACUCACAUAGAAUCAUCAGAUGAUGAAUUUUGCCCCUCUCUAGAUUCACUAGAGUAUCCACCGCCUAGUGAGUUUAGAGACAAACCUGUAGGAAUUAAAGGCAAAAAACUGGACGAGAGUGAGGUUUUGAUAGCGGAUUCCAGCUACGUCAUUAAUGAUUCUGGUUUGAGCAUUUCGGAGGAUAAUUCGAGAUUAUUGGAUACUAGUCAUGUUUCUGUAGUUAAGAUAGAUGAAGAGAAAGUCCAGGUCAAGGACUCUACAUCUUAUAUAAUUGAUAGAUCCGCUGGUGGUGAUACUUUUAGAAGUUCAACUAGUGACUUGUCAAAUACAAGUUCUGGGAAGUCUGGUAGUACAAAAAGCGAGUAUGGAGAUGAAAUUAGAGGUACCUCUAUAAUUCUUGAUAAUUACAAAAUGAAUGGUAGAAUAAUGCAUUCUCUGAGCAGCGAAGAUAAUUACAAAAGGCACGCGCUGAAUGGAAAAAUGAAUAAUUCUGAUCAUUAUGAAUCGGCUACAAGUGAUAGGUCGCACAGCGAUUGCGGUUCAGUACGUAGUACAGAUUCGCAUCACAGAAGACCAAUAUCGGUGAAUAAAUCAGACAUAGAGAGUAUUUCUAUAGCCAGCCAUGAAAGUAGAGGAAGUAAUGAAAAAGAUUCAGUUAAAAACGAUGAUGAAAUUGAAGAACACGUAGUUGUAUUGCGAAAACCCCCAAAAACUGCCUCACAAACUGCUGCCAUAUUAAACAGGAAGACUCGAAAACGUACUAGAAAAUUUAUGAUUGAUGGAGUUAUGAUAACGACCACGACGAGUAAAGUUAUUUACGGAGAUGAAGAUAAUCCAACCUGGGAUCCGUUGUUUAAUAGAAAACAAGAACUCAGGGAAUUGAAAUACCUUCAAAAGCAGGAGCAAAAGCAAUUCCAAGAUUUGGCCAACAAAGAAAAUUUAGCUUUGGAACAGCAAGAGCGCAAAUUUGAACAGGAAAGGCAAAAUUUGGAAAGGACUUAUGAAAAUGAUUUAGAAUUACUAAGUAGGCAACAAAGACUGCAAAUAGAGAGAGCAGAAGCUCAUCAAGAUGCAGAUCUAAGAGCUACUUCCAAAAAAAUUAGAGCAGAGCAGGAGAGAGAGCUUAAAAUAUUUAGAGAUGGCUUAAAACAAGAACUUAGAUUAUUAAAGGCUGAAGUAGAUUUAUUACCAAAAGAAAAGCGGAAGAUUGAAUUCAAGAUAAGAAAGGAGAAGAUGGACGCUGAUCACUCAGAACGGGAGAAAUCGUUUUUGGAGAAGUUGAAUGAAAAUCAUGAAAGUUCUUUAAGACGAUUAAGUGAUUCCCAUAGGGAGAAGAUUGCUUUAAUGGAAAGACAAUUCUUGCAACAAAAACAACAACUCACUAGGACUAGAGAAGCUGCUCUAUGGGAAGUAGAGGAACGUCAUAUACACGAAAAACAUCAGCUAAUGAAGAGGCAAAUUAAGGAUAUAUUUAUCUUACAAAGACAUCAAAUGUUGACAAGGCACGAAAAAGAAAAGGAGCAAAUCAAGAGGAGAGCAUUACGAAAAGAAGAAGAGCUUCUUAAGAAACAGUCAACCGAAAAACGUAGUUUGCCCAAGCGAAUAAGAUCAGAGAUGAAAGCUCGAGAGGCCAUGUUUAGAGAAUCUAUGAGGAUAUCGAUUUCGGGUGCUAGCGAUCCUGAAAUAGAAAAAAAUAAAUUUAAAGAGUUUCAAGAAAAAGAAAAGAAACGGUACCAAGCUGAACAACAAAGGUUUGAACUAAAACACCAGAGGCAAUUAGAAGAAUUGAGAGCCAUGAGUGACGCAACUAUUAAAGAACUAGAGCAGCUUCAAAGCGAAAAGAAAAAGAUGCUGCUUGAACACGAAACGCUAAAAUUGAAGCAGCGCGAGGAGCAGUUUACAACUGAACUGAAGGAAUGGAGAGCCCAAUUGAAACCCCGAAAACAGAAACUUGAAGAACAACUCCAUCGUGAAGCCUUAGGCAGUAAAUACAUUCAGUAUUUACCUCGGGUACAUUUACCAGCACCAGGUAGUUCUUCUGACUAUGAAGAAGUCAGUAGACGUAUGACAACUACUUCGGUGCCUUCAAGUCCUUUCACAGACCACAGUCGGCCAUCUUGGGGUCAUCAAAGGACCUGGAGCACUGGGGUUCUUAGUGGGUUUACUACCGAGCGCAGGAUUAUUGAGGAAAAACAUUUCAAUUUGGAUAAGAACGAAGAUUCUGCUGCUUAAUAUCGAAUUUGGUUGAUUCUUUGAGAAACUAGAAGAAACAUUUGCCCAGCAGCUUGAAGAACAAGAAAGAGUUUAUGGUCCCAUGAAUACACCCCUGAUACUUCCGUCGGACUUAGCCGACUUGAACAUGGACUCUUGCAGCCGAAUAGGGCUCAGUUCAACUAGGAGUAGUCUUAGUUCUGUAUCUGAUUGUUCAGAUUUCCGUUAGCUAUCUGAUAUGUUCUGGGAGCAAAAGUGCAACUAAAUGGAACAUUUUAACUAUUUGGUCAGUGUGAAUAUUUUAAGCAAACUUCAAAAAAGUCCAAACAACUAAAAGAUGUAUUUUUUAUGAUGUUUAUUUUUUAAUUAAUAAUGGUUUGAACUUUUUUUGAACUUGUUAUUAUAUUUGCCGAUAUCUCAUCCAAUAGAUGUUGUUAUAUGAGCAGGAUAAGUAUCUAUUGUGCAAUGCAAUACCAGAAAGUAAUAAAUCCGUGCAUCUUCCAUAAGAUUUUGGUGUUUUGUUCCAAUAUAACCCAUAGGAUGUUUCAUAGUUUCAUUGUUCACUAGGUAAUAAUGUUGAUAGCGAAUGUGACGCCCGAAAAUUGGGUGAUAAUGUCAAUUCUAAAUGUAUGAAAACAUCAGCAGCCCCUUUGUUCCAUUUAUAUUAAAAAAGGCAGAUUUUCAUGCUGUUGUGUGAUAAAAUAUAUUAUUCCUGAGCCAAUCUUCAAAUUGUUUCAGUUGAAAGAGUACAUAAAAAUAUCCAGACUGAGCAUAUUAGUUGCAGGUAUUCCGGAGGUCACUUAUUAUUUUAAUACAAAUUGAAUAUUCGAAUAAGUUUCCUCAUUUUGCUCCAAUGAAAUGAGCAAAUUUUUCUUAAUCCUUUUUGGUUAUUUAGGCAUAAUAAUCUAACAAUUUGAAUCUGUGUAAUGCCUAACAAAUCUUUGGGAUUAAUAGCAACAUACUUAGCAGCACAAAAAUAUGCUCAUUCUAUGGUAUCUAAAUAGCAACACUUUCUUAUUUUGAAGUAUCCCAAAACAUUUUACCACAGAACAUAUCCUUUAAAUUUGCUAAAGUAUAGAAAUUGUCCAUUUUAAAUGUUUUCUUAAUAUUAUAAAUAUAACCUAGUUAAAUUUAUAUUGAUGUACAUAGCGAACUCAAAAACUUAUUAAUAUUAUUCAAAUAAAGUUAAUAAUUAUAAUAUAUUCACUUUUCUUUCUUUAAUUCAUAAAUUGAAAGCAAUUAGAGGUUAGUGACAGUGUGAUAUAACAGAGCAUUUUAUUCUUGUAAGUUCUUUUUAUAUGCAGAAUGAUAUCACCCUGUCCUGUAUCAUAUGAUAUGUACAGUCAAUGUAUUAUUUUAUUUUUAUGUUAUUAUUAUUAUUAUUAUAUUAUUAUAAAUAAAAAUGUAAAAAAAAUAAUUUUUAA